UUAUUUGUUGGUUUUUUGUUCUUUAUGAUUUCUACUCUCUCCUCUGUAGAACCAAAAAUAAUUUAGGGUUCCUCUUUUUGAACAUUCUGAGACCCUGUAUAACUUCCAUUUCUUCAUUUCUCCUUUCUUUCAUCUUGUUGAAUAUCAAUUAUCAGGUUCGAGUUUUUGGUUUCUGAUUUCAAUGGACAAUUCAGCUGCUGAAUUGAAAACUAUUGAAGAAUUAAUGCCGGGUUCUCCUGAUCCUCAGGCAAGUGACGAAAAAGAAAUAAAUGGGCAGGCCUCCUCAGUUCAGCGUCCAAGGAAGCCAAGUCUCUCCUCAUUACAAAUACCUGCAAGGUCCUUGGAAGAUUCAUUGCCUAGUUCCACUGCAAUAGAUAUUCCUUCUAUAUCGAGUCCGAGUUCUACUAGACCAGGUUUGCCACCAAGGCCAAGUUCAGCAAAGUUCAAACCAUCUAUUAGAAAUCUCCUUCCACAGCGGAGCUUCAAGACAAAAAAUUUGUUGCAGGAAGGUGAGAAGAUAGUUCUCAUCUCCGAUACACCACCAUCAGAAGGAUCUGUGGACAAGCCUUCUACUUCAAGGUCCUUUUCUUUGACCAAGGUUUUUUCCUCAUCUACAAAAAGAACAAAUUCGUUGCCAGUUACACCAGUUGCAAAUUCAAAUGUUCAAUGUUCAUGGGAAAGAAAUCUUGACAAUUGUUCUAAUAUCACUAAAUCAGAACUCUGUCACCAUAUAACGCGCUCAAUGUCAGUUCCCGUCAAUGCCAAAACCAGAACCUUAAGGCGGACAGAUUCUAUUGGAGGUAUAAUCCGUGUAGUACCAGCAACCCCUCGUCCUGCAACUGUUGAUGAGACCUCACCAGAUGAUGGCAAAACAGAUGCUGAAACAGAAGAUGCUGGAGAAGAUAUCCCUGAAGAAGAAGCAGUCUGCAGAAUUUGUUUGGUUGAGCUUGGGGAAGGAGGCGAAACUCUUAAGAUGGAGUGUAGCUGUAAAGGAGAACUUGCACUUGCUCACAAAGAGUGUGCUGUGAAAUGGUUUACUAUUAAGGGUAACAAGACCUGUGAUGUUUGCAAGCAAGAUGUUCAAAACCUACCAGUAACAUUAUUAAGAAUACAAAAUUCUCAGUCUGUCUCUAGGCAGCCAACUGUACCUCAGCAAAGAGAAGCUGCUCGCUACAGGGUCUGGCAGGAUGUACCAGUUCUUGUCAUGGUCAGCAUGCUUGCCUAUUUCUGCUUUCUGGAGCAACUGCUGGUUUCUGAUCUGGGCUCUGGUGCUCUGGCCAUAUCACUGCCUUUCUCUUGUGCUUUAGGUCUCCUCUCAUCCAUGAUAGCCUCAACAAUGGUGAGCAAGAGUUACCUUUGGGCUUAUGCAUCCUUCCAGUUUGCAACUGUGAUCCUGUUUGCUCAUAUCUUCUAUAAUGUCCUCAAUGUUAAUCCAAUUCUUUCGGUCCUCCUUUCCUCCUUCACCGGGUUUGGGAUUGCAAUCAGCACAAAUUCUCUACUUCUUGAGUACUUGAGAUGGAGAACGGACCGAAAUAUACAAUCUGCUCGUCUGCAAAAUACUAGAGGUGUGCAACAGAGACAGCAGCCAAGAGAGGAUCUUAACGUGAGAACAAUGGGUGGCAUGAGGCAGCAAGAAACCAGGAUUGAAAAUACAAAUCCUUCACAACAUGGAUAAAACAGUUCCAUGGUUCACAGUUUCAGAAGAGAAGCUUGUCCUAACCUCAUUAAUGUUUUUAUAUGAAGCUAUUCAUAUUGGUGAAAGAAUUCCUGGGCAUAUCAGAUGAGGGAAGACAAUUGACAAGAAACAGGGAAGGGAAAAGGAAAAGGUUUUCUUGUAUUUAUUAGUUUUUUAUAUAUUGAGGAAAUGAAAAUGUGAUGUAAAAUGUAUUUUGAGUGUGUAUAUCAAUAAUAUAUCUUCCUGGUCCUCUAUUUUGUAACUAUUCCGAGGUGAGUACAUUUACUUCA